AAUCUCAAACACUCCGUUGAUGAAUUGCAAUGCGGCUUGUCCUGGAAGCUAUUAGACUAAUAGUAUCGUACAAGAGCGUAUUACCCUUUUCACUGAUACGAAUCUUGUAGCUUUUAGCUGAUGUUUACUUCUAGUUAUCCAGGCUGCUGUUUGCAGUUAUAAGCGGAAAGGCUCAGAUAGCAUCACGGAACUUUGCUGAAAGAUGUUUAGAGCGAAAUCUGGUCGCUCGUGAGAUUGCAACUCUACGUUCACGUUAACUGCACCUCGCCUUCAAGAAGUUGUUCCACGUCGUCACGACCGUUGUAGACUGAGUGCGUGACGCCCUGCAUGGAAAUCUGUACGCACAGUCCAUUCUAAACAGUUGAAAUUAAUAAACUCAUAGAAGUCUGGUAUUCAUAUAGCUCUAAGUGCCAUUCAUCGCUGCGUUCAAAUGUCGGGUAUCGUUCGGCAAAUUCUUUAUCUUCAUUUAUCGGGUGUACCUAUCUGAUGUUCAAGAGAGAAGGCACAUUGACUUUAAAGACUUUGUUUUUCAUUUAGCUGAACAAUAUAGAACACCAUAGUGGGUUAUUUAUGGACUCAAGUAAAUGUGGAAUCAUAAUAGUCAAAACUAGGAAUUCAAGAUGUAAGUAACUAAAAUAAACACCUGAAGUAUUGGAGGUGCUACUGGUGAAGGAUUGGCUAUUAGUUGAAUGCAUACCUGAACAUUACUUUGAGAACAGAGGUUGGUUUUGUACUUGUCACAAGAUUUCCAGGCUCCAGCAGUUACUGUUCUCAACAAGGAGCAAGAAGACUGACACCUGCCAUAUAUAACAUAUACCUGCAGAAACCAUGAAAAAUGAUAUAAACUAAGUGGAGAGCAACAAUACAAAUACAGAUCAUGUGAAAGGAGAUUAAAUAACAGAAACAACUACUUAAGAAAUGACAGGAGGGAAGUGACCGUCCAUGAGUUGUGUUGUAAAAAGGAACAAAAUGGCUCACACUGGAGAAAAGCCAUUCAAAUGCCAGUAUUGUGAAAAGAGUUUUAGUGUUAAAAAGAGCUGUAUACAUCAUGAAAGGAUCCACACUGGAGAAAAACCUUUCAAAUGCCAGUAUUGUGAAAAGAGUUUUAGUGUUAAAAAGAGCUGUAUACAUCAUGAAAGGAUCCACACUGGAGAAAAACCUUUCAAAUGCCAGUAUUGUGAAAAGAGAUUUAUUGUCAGACCUAGUUGUAUACAACAUGAAAGGACCCACACUGGAGAGAAACCCUUCAAAUGCCAGUAUUGUGAAAAGAAAUUCACUGUUAAAUGGAGUUGCAUACAACAUGAAAUGAACCACACUGGAGAAAAACCAUUCAAAUGCCAGUAUUGUGGAAAGAGUUUUACCCGCCAAAGUAAAUAUAAACAACAUGAAAGGAUUCACACUGGAGAAAAACCAUUUAAAUGCCAGUAUUGUGACAAAAGUUUUAGUGGUAAACCAAACUGUAUGCAACAUGAAAUGAUCCACACUGUUGAAAAACCAUUUAAAUGCCAGUAUUGUGAGAAAAGUUAUAGUGUCAAAAGUAAAUGUAAACAACAUGAAAGGACUCACUCUGGAGAAAAACCAUUCAAAUGCCAGUAUUGUGAAAAGUGUUUUAAAAUUAAACAGGGUUGUAUAGCACAUGAAAAGACUCACACCGGAGAAAAACCAUUUAAAUGCCAGUAUUGUGAAAAGAGUUUCAGUGGUAAACGAAAUUGUAUGCAGCAUGAAAUGAUCCACACUGGAGAAAAACCAUUCCAAUGCCAGUAUUGUGAAAAGAGUUUUAAUGUUAAACGGGGUUGUAUACGACAUGAAAGGACCCACACUGGAGAAAAACCCUUCAAAUGUCAGUAUUGUGAAAAGAGUUUCAGCAUAAAACAAAGUUGUAUACAACAUGAAAUGAACCACACUGGAAAAAAACCAUUCAAAUGUCAGUAUUGUGGAAAGAGUUUUGGUCGUAAGCAAAAUUUUAUAAAACAUGAAAGGACCCAUACUGGAGAAAAACCAUUCAAAUGCCAGUAUUGUGAAAAUAGUUUCUGUAGCAAACAAAGUUGUAUACAACAUGAAAUGAACCACACCGGAGAAAAACCAUUUAAAUGCAAGUAUUGUGAAAAGAGUUUUUGCGUCAAAAGUAAAUGUGAACAACAUGAAAGGACCCACACUGGAGAAAAACCAUUCAAAUGCCAGUAUUGUGAAAGUAGUUUCUGUAGUAAACAAAGUUGUAUACUACACGAAAAGAACCACACUGAAGAAAAAUCAUUUAAAUGCAAGUAUUGUGAAAAGAGUCAUAGCAUCAAAAGUCAAUGCAAACAACAUGAAAUGAUUCACACAGAAGUCUCACUUCAGACUAUAAGAAAGGAAUUUCAAGGAGAGAACAUACCACAUGGGACAAUGGUUUCACUCCAAUCUAUAAAAAGUGAAUUUCAAGAUGAGGUAAUGCCACACGGGACAAAUGAACAAAGGAAAUCUGAUGUAGAUACUGUUGUCAAAAUGGAGUUAAAUGAUAGCAAUGCUCCAGAACUGAGACCUAACAUUUACCCUGUUGCAAUGUUUAGAAAUGUAUUUGCAGAUACUGAUGUAGUGUCCGAUUACACAUAAAUCAAUAGGCUUGGAUUUAGACGGGUAUUAAAGUUUUAGCUUAAUUAGUGUAUUGACUGAACUUUUAAACAAUAAUGACUGAAGUAAAAGACAA